ACACAGGAAAUGACAUUUCCUACAUUUUUCAGGACACAGAGAGAGAGAAAGAGAGAUAGACACAGACUGGGAGAGUGAGUGGGAGUUCCUCAGUGGGAACAGAGCAUUUACUGUGUCAUAUUACACAGAAAAGAGACAAAAGCGGAGUGGAGUAGCUGCUUGUGCAAGUGCUGUGCCGUUCUUGGGGUUUAUGGAUUCACUGGCUGUGAAAAAUGUACUUUUCUGUCGUGGUCCUCAUCCUGACUAAGGCUCUGCUCACAGCAGUGGUGUGUCACGGCCUGAAUGUGACAGUGACCCCAGGGCCCGUUGUCAUGGUAACAGAGAGAGAUAACUUGACUCUGUCCUGCCUGGUGUCUCAGCGGAAGAGGAGCGGCAGCCUACUCAUCCUUCGCUGGUUCUUCUCUCCUCCCUCUGCUCCGUCUCCUUCACCUCCUCCCUCUUCUCUGUCCCUCUCUCCUCCGGUGCCGGUGCCCUCUCAGUUUCUGAUCGUGAAGAUGGGCAUUAAGAAAAUGAAGCUCUACGGAAACUACACCCGACGUUUCCUCAAGCCGAAAUUUCAACUUUAUGAGGAAACGGAGGGCAAAAUGUACCAGCUGCUGAUCGUUCAUGUGACGAGGACGGACUGUGGUUUCUACACCUGUAGAGUCCAGGAGAUCCAUAAACACAGAAACACAUGGAGAGCAUCAUCAAAUGGCAGCAGCACCACAAUGCUGACAGUGCACUUCACUCUUGAGGACAGUGGCAGUGAAGGACUAUGGAGUUUAUUGGGAGAUGUGCAUCUGUUCGCCGUGCUGAUCUGCUCACUGGGGUUACUGUCCAUCUUCUUGUUCACGCUGGUUCUCGGCUGCCAGCACUUUUACAGAAGAUUCAGGCUCAAAGAAAGCUAUCUUCUUGUCAAGUGUCCAGAAAGCAGCUCAGGUGAGACGGUAACCAGCUCCAGCAGCUACUCCAGCUCCUCUCCAAAGGCACAAAAGAAAGAACGCAUAAAGAAAACUGACAUAAAUGUAAUAGUAAUGUCACCUAAAAUACCGGAGAAACCACCACGACAACUACCAACAAAAGUGCCUGAUGUCACAAAGAGACCUCAGAAACCAAGAAGGUUAAAGACCCACUCAAGAAGACCUGCUAACCCUCGAGUGCAGGAUGACAGUCUGACAUACGCAGAAUUGGAGCUGUUCAGGCCGAGACCCGAACCAUCGGCCACCUCGAAUCCCGACCCUGCACCACCAGCGUCCAGCACGGACACCGUGUACGCUCAGAUCCUCUUUCAAGAGAAACAGCUGUAAAUGCACCUCUGAGCACUGUUCCUCCCAGGAAGUGCACAGAUUCAGUCAUCAUAACUGAAUACAAGAACAUCCAAAGAACUAUAUUUAUGAACGAUUACUGUGGCAUUUGGCUUCUUUUUUCUUUUUUGCUGCAAGUACAACAAGAAUGUGGAUACAUGGGAUAACAGCGUUGUGUCUCCUCUCUACCAUUGCACCAGCAUUGAUUUGUUUGUUGGCCUGCAUGCCAGAUGUGUUAACUGUUGCCACACACACACACUCACAAAGCAAAAAUUAUUCAGACUCACUUGCUGCAUUGCUUAUGUAACACUUAUUUAAUGCAUGUGUAACUAUAGGAUUAAUACACCAAAUAAAUUAAUAUACAUCUGGGUCUAACAUUUGAAAUUGUACAGUUGUUGUCGUCUAUAAAUCAGUCUAAUGACCUUGUGUUUAAAAUAGCUUGCAUUUGGAAAAAAAAAAAACACUCACAUUCUCAUCACUCAUCAGUAGUUAAAUGGACCCUUAUGGCAGUUAAACCCGCCUCAAUGUAGUGACUCACCUGUAUACAAAAAGGGGCAACCAUCUGGUCCUUUUAAAUGAUGCCAAUGUGGAAGUAGCAAAUCUUGCAGUGCUCUUAUUGGACAUAUGCCUUUUAUUGGAUCACGGAUUUGUUGGUGUUGUUUGUGUUAGUUGCUGUGGUUAACGUAUAUUCAAUAUUUUGCAUAUACUUCCAGUAACUGUUCUACAAUCAGAUGGGGGCAGCCGUGAUUUAUUUUAUUCAUAUGUGUCAAACCAAUGCAUUACUUCUUUUGCUUCCACUUUGGUGAUCAAAAUGUCCAUUUCUGCAGAUGACAGUUUUUUGAUUGUGUCUCCUUUGAUUUCUCCAUGUUGCUGGACAAAUAUUUCAACAGUCCUUCAGCCUUAAUGGGAACUUUGUGGCCAUAAAUGGUUACUUAGAACUGUUCUUUAUGUUAAUAAGGCUUCACAGGUACUGGAACAUGUCUGAUUUAAUAUUUAGAGGUGUGUGUACAACAAAUGUGAUCAAAUUUGAUAAAUCUCAAAUUUGUUUUUUUGUCCAUCUGUUCACAGAGACUCUUUGUGGGUAGGAGUUAAACUACCAACCUGUAGACUCAAUCCCAGUGCCUCACGCUGCCUCUGUGUCCUUGCACAGAACUUCAUUGUAUCAUUAUAGUCCACCCAGGUGUAAAUGAGUUAGGGAAGUGAACCUGGCAAUUGAGAGCAUUACCUCCAGGGGGAGUGUAGACUCAUUGGCUUGACACCACAGAGGGGAUAAGAUUGAUGGCCUCAUGGCCUGUAUAGGUGCUAUUUCUUAUGCAACAUUGAUAAAAAGAGGACCCAGGUUCUGAUUUGUUGACAAGGUUGCUUGAGAACAAAAAAAAAAAAAAAAAAAAAAAAAUUGUAAUAACGCCUUCUUCCACAUGACCAUAAAACUUUUGCCAUAUUU